AUGUUCCACACGCCGGCUACGCCGCACAAAAAGCGACGACCACGUGGCACCGCUGCAAAAUCGGAGUGCAAGAACAACCAAGAUGUGUUACCAUCGUUCAGCUUAAAGGAUGAAGUGCUGGAAAAACCUGAAAAUGCGCAAAGUGCCUGUAGUAAGAGUAAAAAGUCAUCAAAGACAGCAGGCACGUCGUCAAGUACGGCACGCAAACGGCAAUUGGAAUACGAAACCGCUAAAGCUAUGGCUCUCGUGGAAAUACAAGCAGCGGAAGCUGAAGUACAAGCAGCUGAAGCAGAAGCCAAGGUUAAAAGUGCUCGGGCAGAAGCUGUCAAGAUUAAGGCAAAUAUUCAGUCGGAGCUGCUAAAGAAACAGCUUGCUGCUGAGAUGGCUGAAUUGGAAUCUCGAUCACGCUCUUCCCACAAGUCGGCUGUAAAAUCUUCGACCAGCAAAGUUGAAAAUUGGCUUAAUGCCCCAGGAAACAAGCAUGAGGAGAACCGAGAAGAUUACUCCCGUGAAACAUUCGGCCCAGAAAAGCUGGCACAUGCCUUGAAUGAGGCAGUGGCUGCCUCAUCAUAUAAAACACAGAACCAGGAGCUCUUAACAAGAUUAGCAACGUCUAAAGACCUGCCUUUAUUUUUUGGAGAUCCAAUGGAGUGGUUGCAGUUUAAACAGGCGUACCAAGAAUCUACCCAAUUAUGCAAAUAUAGUGACACAGAGAAUUUAUGGCGGCUGCGUAAGUGUCUUCGUGGCGAUGCUAAAGAAGCGGUGACUUCACUCUUGAUUGGUGGAACUACACCCGAGUUAGUAAUUGACACCUUAGAACUUCGAUUUGGCAAACCAGAAACAAUUAUGAGUAAAAUAGUUCUACAGCUAAAAAAGCUAUGUCCGUUGCCGCUAACUUAUCAUAAUGAUAUCAUUAAUUUUGCAAUAAAAAUAAAGAACUAUGUGGCUGCUACCAAAGCAAUGCAACAAAGUGAUUAUCUUCGCAGCCCGGAAUUAGUAUCAAUUGUCGUAUCCAAGCUUCCAACUUUACUUGUCGCAAAAUGGACCGACUACGUUUAUGAACAGCGAGAGUGUAAUUUACCGAAGCUGGAAUUGCUUAGUGAUUUUUUAUACGAGGAAGCCACUAAAACAGCUGCAUCAGGAGUAAGUCAUAUUCACGCUCAAUAUAAUUUAAAGAAGCUCGAUGAACGUAAACACCGUUCACACUCGCUGUUACUGUACACAAAUAGUAAUCAAUUACAAAACGCUGAAAAGUGUAUAUUUUGCCGAAAAGGGGCUCAUGGUGUCUCAGAUUGUUCACGGUUUAAGCGCGCUUUACGCAAAGAUCGCUGGCGAUUUGUACGCGUAAAUAAACUUUGCUUCAAAUGUCUUGUCCCCCGCCAUACGAAUGGUAUGUCUUGUAAUAGCAGUAAUUGCGACAUUGACGGCUGCAAUCAACCGCAUCAUCGUUUACUGCACUGGAUUAAACCAUUGGAAGAAAGCUUAAAAACUGUGGAGCGAGGUGAGGAUGAGCAUCCCAGCACCAAUGAAACAGUGACUCAUACAGUGGCAUCCCACUGUCACAAGGUGCUUUUGAAAUUUAUCGUAUUAAAUUUAUCGUGGUGCCGCUCACUCUUCACGGACCGAAUGGCAGUUUACAUACGCAUGCACUACUGGAUGAUGGAGCUACUGUGA